CAUCAUAAAAAAAUAUUGGCAAAAGAACGGGCAAAAACAUUGUCACAUCACAAAAAGUUGCUGUUUUUUCGUCGUCUGCUGCUGCUAUUCGGGAAGGAGGAAACCACAAAAAUAUCAACCAUUAGAGCCUGCGGAUCAGCAUCAGUUAGCCAGCAAAAUUGUUUGGUGUUUGGUGGUGGGUACGAUAGAAAAAAAGUCGCUCACAACAAUUUCAAUCAGGUUUGCUCCAAACUGUUCGCGAAUCGUGAUCGCAGAUAGGAACGGAUCGCGUUAUAGGUCGGAUUGUCAGAUGGCGAUAUCUGAUUUGCCACUGGGCGUCAUCAAACUGCUGCCACUGAUUUGUCUCUCGUCUUCUGUGAGUUUGCGGAGGAUGCAAAACAGGUUCCAGCUUCGUCGUCGACAGUGACACGGAUUGUUCCUGUAAAACGGUAGCUACCGGGACACGGAAGUUUCAAGUGAUUUUUCUAGUGGGCAAAAGUUUCUUAAGAAGUGUUUAUACAUUCAAUUGGCGAGAAGAGAGAGAAGAUCCGGAAGAAAUAUGUACUGCCUUCAGUGUCUGAUUCCGGUGCUGCUGAUACCGAAGCCCACAAAUCCAGCCCUGAUGCAGACUCAUGUGAUGUUCAUAGUGCUCUAUCUGAUCGGGUUCUUCCUGGAAAGGAAACCGUGCACAAUUUGCAGUUUGGUGUUUUUGGCUGCCGUUUUUCUGAUCUGUAACAGUGGGGUCGGGAACUGUUUGUUCUGGGGCAACUGCGAGGGACAUGCCUGUGACAAUGGUUAACGUAUUUUGGCCGAGGCAAUUGUUUCGAGAGGAGUACUGAUAACUAAUGCAAAGGAUCACCAAAAUGCGAGAAAUGCUCCUCGAGGCCGACCCAGAAACAGCUAGUUGCAGCCAGAUGUCCGCCCUUAAACUACCUUACAACAAUAACUUUAGAGUCUGAAGGACGACGACGAACGAAAAAAAUGAAACCGUAAUGAAGCAGCAGCAUAACUUCUUCUACCUUCUAUCCAACCAACAAACAAACAAACAAACAUACAAAACGAGCAAAACCGUCAUGUGUGAGACCUUACCAAAGCUUGUAUUCUAGUGUCUUUCGUUUUAAAUUUUGUUUUUUUUAAACUUAAUUCUGCAGCGAAGGGUUUUUGUUUUUUAAACAUAGCGGAAAUGCCAAACGCGCCCAAAACGGCUCUACAGUCAGCAGUUUUGAGCCGCCCCAGCCAUAUGAAGCAGCGGUUAUGAUUUCCAUUUUUGUUUUGUUUCAAACCACAAACCUAAUCUUAAGUCGAACCCUUACCUAGUAAAGCGAAACAACAACAAAACGGCACGACACUCCUGGACUAGUUUUUAAAUGCAUAAUUUUUUAUUCUUUCGAAGUUAACCUAGCAGUAGAUUAAACAGUCCAGGAAGUAAAAGUGAAGUUCAACAGAAGUUAAUGAAUGAAAAAAAAAGAAUAAAUAAUAACAAAAAUGAGUAGCACUUGUACCAAAAGCAUCGAACAUCACCUGUAAAUGUUAGUCUGUGACGAGGCGAGGCAAGUAGUCACGUUUUGAGAUUGUUUUUUUUUGCGCGUUUAAAAUUGCAAGUCGAUGAACGCAGUUUUCAAACGACAGGAUCAAACGGUGCGUGAAAUUUAAUUCACAUAGACGCCGAUGCCGGCUAUCGGCAUUUUAGAGCCCGCCCGUUGAAUGAGAAAAAAAAACUAGUUAUUAAGAGCCGUCGUCGCGUCAAAAUGCGGUAGUAACGAUACAGAGAAGCUGAUAGAAGCAUAACACAUUAGACUUAUUAGAAAGUGAUUAUCGCAAAUUUAUGAGAAACAAAUUUAGGCGUUUUGAAUCCCCUGCGAGCUUUUUUUUUCGAAUCCCCCGAGCGGUGAAUAUGCGUUGUACAUAAUGUAGAAUUGAUCAUAUUCAAGUACUAAUAAUUUAUUUUUGUAUUAAAACUAUUUCGACCCUCUGACCCCAGAUAUGUAGGUUAGCGUGUUGAAAAAUAGAAUGUAUACAGUAAACUGACAACUUUCGAAUUAUGCAAGGUAUAUUGAGAAGAAAUAAAAAGAACAGUAAACGAACUCAUGUAAAAAAUCACAGUUAACGAGGUCAAAAUGAUAAAUAAAUAAGCGAAACUCUCAGUGUGAGGAAAAACAA